AUGAUAGGCAUAGGAUCUGACAAUGCUAGUGUCAUUGUUGGUUUGAACAAUGGAGUUUACAUAAAACUAAAGGAAGAUAUUCCUACAAUGGUGCAUAUUCGCUGUGUCUGCCAUUCACUGCAGCUAGCUGUAUCUCAUGCAUGUUCUGAAACUAUGCCCCGUAAUCUAGAAUUCCUUGUCAGUGAAACCUAUAAUUGGUUUGCACGGUCGUCUUCAAGACAACAGGCAUACAUUGACUUAUUCAAACUUAUAAAUGAUGGACAUGAACCGCUCAAGAUUGUGAGAGCUUGUCAAACACGGUGGUUGUCUAUAGCGUCGGCUGUGCCAAGAUUAUGUGAUCAAUGGCUGGAGCUGAAAACUCAUUUUGGCUUAACAAAAUCAUCUGAGAGAUGUUAUACCUCAGAAAUGCUCCACUCCUUGUACAGUGAUGAAUAUGAUCAUGCAUAUUUGGUUUUUCUAAAGUCAGUGCUAAAUGAGGUUCAGAGAGUGAAUAAGAUUUUUGAAUCCAACGAUUGUGAUCCAACAAAACUGCUUCAGGACCUGACACUUUUAAUAGAAAAUUUGGUGAACAGAGUGAUGCUCCCUUCGAACCGCCAUCGUGUUGAUCCUUUCUCUUGUAAUUUAGAAGAAUAUCUGGAUCCUAAAUUGAAUCUAGGCUAUGACACCGAAAAACUGUUAUCUGACCUGCCUAAACAUUUGCAUGAGGAUCGAGAAAAAACCCUCAGAGAACGAUGUUCCCAAUUUCUUGUAUUUCUUAUUAAAGAACUUCGCAAUAGGUUGCCAGAUAAUGUGCAAAUACUCAAAACUAUGUCACUGUUCAGUGUUGAAAACACUCUUCGUGUUGUGAAAAAUUCGAUUGUCCCACUUUUAGAAUUCUUCAAUAUUAGUGCAGAAAACAUUACAAAAAUUGAAUUUCAGUGGUCAAAUAUAACCUUAGUAAAAUGGAAUGAAACAAAGAACACAGUGAAAUUUUGGGCUGAAGUUAAUGAGUACAAAGAUGCAGCAAAUAUAAAUCCUUAUAAAGAACUUGCAAAUAUUGCUAUAACAAUGUUGAGUUUGCCCCAUUCAAACGCUGAAAUUGAAAGGGUUUUCAGUCAAAUGAACCUGAUUAAAAACAAAUUAAGAAAUAAAAUGAAAACAGACACUACAAAUGCAUUACUACAUAUACGUUAUGGUUCAAACCGUAUGUCAGAAACUUGUGUGUCAUAUAAUUUUCCAAAUGAAGUGCUUGAUUUAAUUCCUUCAAAUGAUAAGUAUCGAUGUUCACAAGAAAGCACAAUUGAUCAACCUGGACCAUCACGUACCGUCACCGACGAAGCAAAUAUUGAUGAUGAUGAUGAUCUAAACAUUAUAUUGCAAACUAUGUAA